AAAACACAUCAGGGAAGUACUCAUUCCAGAACAUAGCUUAAGCAUGGCUUUGUCGAGGAACAAUAUCCUAAUUUACACGACUCUCGGUAGUUUAGCAUUCAAGGUGUUCACAUCUGCAUCUCUACUCAUAUCUAUUCUCUGGAUAUUCUUAAUAUAUAUAAUAUCAACAGCUAUAUAUAAAGCUAUAGCAAUGUACAAAAGGAGUGUAAAAGUUGCUGAUGAAAAUAAGAAGAGACUCAGUACGGUGUUAAAUAAUCAAAUCACAGCAAUGGAUGAAGUUUUGUCCAAUCAGGAUAAUGCAAAUCAGAUGAAUAUGAGAAAGUUGGACAGCGUUAAAGAAGAAUAUCGACGUCAGGCAAUCGCUGAAAUGAUGAAAAUACGCAUCAAUUAUCAUCGUAUCAAAAUUGACCACAUAUAAAUCUUAACAAAAUUUCUCAGAUAAUCCCCUCUAAGAUGUAACUCUAGUAUAAUUUUAUCGUCUUGUACAUAGAUUUAAUGGAUCAUUAUGA